AUGGCAUCUUCAAAUUCACCAUGUGCAGCAUGCAAGUUUCUACGCCGCAAAUGCCAACCAGAAUGUGCAUUUGCACCCUAUUUUCCACCUGAUCAGCCACAAAAGUUUGCGAAUGUUCAUAGAAUCUUUGGGGCAAGUAAUGUUACAAAGCUUCUCAAUGAUUUACACCCUCACCAACGUGAAGACGCUGUGAAUUCUCUUGCUUAUGAAGCUGAAAUGAGACUUCGCGAUCCUGUUUACGGUUGCGUAGGUGUAAUUUCUCUUCUUCAACACCAACUUCGUCAGCUUCAAAUGGAUCUUUAUUGUGCGAAAUCCGAACUCUCUCGGUAUCAGAACUUAAGCAUCGCAGCUGCCACUACAGGCCUCCUGACCGGUGAAUCUGUCACGGCCGCUGCAACUAAUUACCACCACCACACUGGUGGUGGUAAUAACCGUGAUAAUAACCAUCAUUAUCAUCUUCAACACCAUCAUCAUCAGUUUUUUCCGAGGGAUCAACAUCAACAACAUAAUUUGGUUAGAAACUUUGAUGCUGGAAUUGGAAACAACUAUGAUGCUAGUCUUUUGGCUAUGAAUAUAUCUGCUAGCUUAGGACAGAUCAAUCAGCUUCAACAUCACAGUGCCGCUGGUGGUGGUGGUGAUGACCGCCGUACUGCUAACCGUUCCUAG